AUGGUGUUUGCUGAUCAGAAAAACCUGACGUAUAUUGAAUCAACAAAGGGAUGGAAUUCCCGACAGGCCAAAUGGCCCACACAAGACUUAGACCUUGCCUUUAUUAUUCAGCCCAGUUGGGAUUUUGAGUUUGACAUGCCUGAACUAGAAGGUCAAGAAAAGGAGCAGGGGACAAUAACGGUAACAAACAAGGCGAUGACUGUGCAAAUUAUACACCUGAAGCAGUGUGGGAAUUACUUCACCGGGAAUACCCUUUUGAGCUUGGAUUCUGCGCUCAACCUCCAAGCCGUCAAACGAAGCCACGCCACCUGGCUGGACAAACGUCUCCAUAUCCCCAUGUAUUUCUUCCUCAGCAGCCUGGCUUUCUUGGAUACUUGUCUUAUAUCAUGCACUGUCCCCAAACUGCUCACUAUACUGGUUUACAACCAAAGGACAAUCUCUUUAUCUGGAUGCAUUGUGCAGCUUUACUUCUAUGUGUCAUUUGGAACUAUAGAAAUGUAUCAUUUGGCUGUCAUGUCAGUGGAUCGGUAUGUGGCAAUCUGUCUUCCACUGAGGUACCAUUCAAUCUUCACCAACAGGGUCUGUCUAUGGUUGGUACUGUUAUCUUGGAUUUUUGGAUUUAUUACUUUCUUCUACCCUAUACUAUUAAUCCUUGAUUUGUCUUUUUGUGGUCCAUAUGAACUCAAUCAUUUCUUCUGUGAUAGUUCAGCCUUGGUGAAGAUCAGUUGCUCUGAUGUAAGGCAGUUUGAUAUGGUUUUUUCCAUCUACGCAUCAGCUAUCAUUUUGGGCUCUUUCUUCCUUACCUUAAUUUCUUAUAACAACAUUCUCAUCACCGUACUAAUGAUACCAUCCACCAGUGGCAAACUCAAAGCUUUCUCCACUUGCACAUCUCACUUAACUGUGGUCACAUUAACCUAUGGCAGUUCUAUCUUUAUUUAUGUAAGACCAGUAGAAAGUUCAUCCCCUGACUAUAAUAAAUCUGUUGCACUUCUGAACAGCAUAAUGACUCCAGUACUUAAUCCAUUUAUAUACAGCCUGCGAAAUAAGCAAGUCCAAAAAGUCUUCCGAGAUUUGUGGUCAAAGAUGGUUUUACACAAGAGAUUGUUUCCUUAA